UUCACUAAAUUUAGAAUUUCGUUCAAUUCGAAUUAAUAAAGAAAGUCAAAAUCCAAUUGAACAAUAUGCAGAAAUGCAACUGUAACAGUCGAAAAUCUUGCAAUUCUCUUUGUUGAAGACGACAAACUCCGGCGAGCAGUUGUUAUCCAUAUGAAGUCAGCCGACAAUUCAAAAGGCAUCAUGGAGGACAAUGAUGAUGAAGAGGAGUUUGAGCAUUUUGAUGAUUUUACUCUUGCCUCGUCAUGGGAAAGGUUCAUUUCUGAGAUAGAGGCCGUCUGUCGACAGUGGUUCGCUGAUGGCCCAAAGAACCUAUUGGCAAAGGGUGCUGUUCAGGUGAAUCAGCUAAAAGAUUUGUACAAGAUCAAAUCUGAAUUCAAAUAUGCUACAAAAAGUUAUUGCAUGGAGUACUAUUUUGCAACAGUUGAUGAUGGUAAAACCCUUGAUUGGGAUCAUCCAUUGCACGAUCUGCAGCUUUCAUUUGGGGUGAAGGAGUUUGUGGUGAUUGCUCCGCAAAGUGCGAGUGGUGUAGUUCUUGAUGCACCAGAGGCAAGCAAACUUUUGAGUGCAGUUGCGAUUGCUUUGUCCAACUGUUCAUGCCUAUGGCCUGCCUUUGUUCCUGUUCAUGAUUCUUCGCGUAAAGCAUAUAUUGGUAUUCAAAAUAUGGGAACUGUUUUCACUAGAAGGUUUGAAGCUGACCGCAUUGCCAGCCAGGUUCCAGUAAAGCUUAUGCAUUUAGAAGGACUGUACGAGCUGUUUGUAUCCAAAUUUGCCUAUACUGCUGUGGACUGGUCUAUGAAUCAUUUUGAAGUCCAUUUUAAGAUGAAGCUAACCUACAGAACUCCCAUCCAUGAUGAUGAGGAUGAAAUUCAUGAUCCUGAUGCUGACAUCACAGGAUCCUGUGAAAAUCCUGAGGUUGAUAAUCAUGUGAAAGCUCAAUGGGAUGACAAUUUUCCUUGGAGCAAGUGGUAUUCUGCAGAGGACCCAGUAAACGGAUUUGAGUUGCUUGCCAUAUGGUUAGAGAUAACAGCUGAAAGUUCACUAGAUAUGGCUGAACUAGAGAAUGCCUCACCAGUAGAAGCUGAUAAGUGGUUCUUAAGUCCAUGCCUAUCUGAAUAUCUCAGUGACGUUUCUGGUGGAAGCACUAUUGGAUUUGCGUCCCAGCUGCACCUUCUAGUUAAGGCACUGGAAAUGUCAUCAGAGGCCAAGUUCAUUGAGGAUUUUAUAUCAGGUUCUGAAGCUUUGAAGUCUUCAGCAGUUGUACCUCCACAGACAGUUCUUGACCGUGUGCUAAAAGAUCUCUUUCAUGAGGCUGUGGAAACAGAGAUGAAUUCCUCUCCAACUGAGCAUAAAAAUUCUCGAUCCAUUAAAGGCGCUCCGCAGGAAUCACUCUUCGCACAGUUCUGUUUACAUGCUCUUUGGUUUGGGAACUGUAGUAUACGAGCAAUUUCCGUACUCUGGAUAGAGUUCGUUCGCGAGGUUCGCUGGUGUUGGGAAGAAUCACAAUCACUACCAAGAAUGCCAUCCAGUGGCCCAAUCGACCUGUCCACUUGUUUGAUUAACCAGAAACUGCACAUGCUUGCUGUGUGCAUUGAUCAAAAGCAUAGAGAGGCAGAAGGACAGUUUGUUGAUGCAAAUGACACUAUGACUUCCCAGGAAGAUCUUCAGUUUCCAACGCACAAUUCUUCUUCUUCUUCUUCUCGCGGAGCUAGUAAAGAAGGUUCUGACAGGAAAGACAGUAGCAAUGAUGCAGCUAAUGUGGCAAAGCCGAUGAUGCUCUUAAAGUCAAACAAGAUUAUGCGUGCUCCGAUCACCCUGGAACCACCUCCAAUGACAGAAGACAUGCACGAAGAACGUCUGAAAGCUGCUGUAGCCUUGGGUGAUUCAUAUAGCUUCUCUGCUCAACUCGAAACAGAAAUUUUGGCCUCAGAUAUGUCUGCUUUCAAGGCUGCAAAUCCAGAUGCUGUCUUCGAAGAUUUUAUCCGAUGGCAUUCACCACGGGACUGGGAAAACGAUGAAAGUGAGGAAAAUGGUGCAUCUGAGUCCAGUUCAUGGCCUCCUCGUGGAAAACUUUCGGAUAGAAUGUCUGAUCCGGGGAACUCAUGGAGAAAGAUCUGGAAUGAAGCCCCUGCCGUGCCUGCUUCUGAACAGAAACCACUUUGGGACCCGAAUAGAGAAGGAGAAAAGGUUCUUCAUUACCUGGAGACUCUAAGACCAUACCAACUGCUGGAAGAAAUGGUCUGUGCUGCCUUCAGAGCAGCAGCCGACACUCUUAACCGGACCUCGUUCGGUGAUUUAAAGCAGAUGAACAUAAAAAUAGAACAGUUAUACAUAACCAUUGCAUCAGUUCUCAGAAUUUUCCUAGCACAGAAUACGGCCACUGAUACCGAAGUUCUUGAGGACCUCAGGAGGCUAUCCACUACUUUCGAACACAUUGAGAAGUUAGUUCUACUCGCGGCAUCUCUUCAUGUCAAAUUCUUGCAAUCACCAUACCUUGGCCAAGCGAUCUUCACCGACUGCUUCAACUUCUACCUCCCAAAUAUGGGAACAAGCUCUGCCAAUGUCCACAAUGAUACCCAAAGGGAAUUCGACAAGAAGCAACAAAUAAGGUCAGACGACAGGGACUUAAUCCUCAGCAUGUUUCCUCCACCCACAGCAAACCAGUCAUGGAGGAGAGUGUUGAGCAUGGGCAAUCUCCUCAACGGCCACGAGCCUAUCCUAAGGGAGAUCAUAUUCUCUAAGCGUGACCCUGCGAGUGGAAGCUACUACGCUGCCUCAUCCCCAAAGCUCCAUCAACAGGACAUAGAAACCUACAGAAUGUAUGUAUCUGGAACUUCGAAUGAUCUUGGGGUUGCACUUGCUGUUGCCUCAUUUGAUUGAAUUUCUUAUGCUAUAUACAUAUUUUUUCGAAAAAUGGGACAGUUAUAGGAGAGGAUGGGGUGGUUAUAGGCUUGAUUUCUCGAAUGAGAAACAAGAGUGUCGUCUAAGAUAGAUUUGAGGUCGGGAUAUCAUCAAAUACGGGUGAUGGUAGUUGUGUAUUAUUAGACUGCAUAUAGAAUGUGUUUUCAACCUUUCAAUGCUCAAAAUGUUUUUUUUGUACA